AAAUGCACUUUAUAAAGGGAAGAAGGUUACAGAAGUAGAAGUUUGCAAAGUGUAAAUGCAAAGGCGCACAAAAAGGAGAAGUGCUGUUAUCAGCCAUCAGUUGGGUUUGGCUUUUCUGCAGAGAAAAGCUGUGGUGACAAGCGCAGACUAUCACAAUGAUCACACUGUGGCUGUGUGUGCUACAGCAGCUCAAUGUGCAUGAACUCAAACUGUAUGUUUUAAAUAACUGAUAUCUGAAUUUAAAAAAGAAAAUCACAUUAAAAAGUUGUUUCUGUAAACGUUUUUGAUGUAACAUAAUUUCUGUAUUUGGAGGCCUUGUGAAAAUAUUUUUCACCUGCUCCAUUCCAGUUUUCCAAACUCCUCUAUCCCUCUUGGGGUCACGGGGUUGCUGGAGCCUAUCCCUCGCUCACUUAUGGACCUUUAAGAGUAACUAAUUAACUGAUUAAGUUAUUUUUUUACUGUGGAAGGACACCAGUGCUUGGAGAGCCAGAACCCGCGUGUUUUGCAGCUAACAUACCCCUGUUUGAGCUAAAUAAACAAAACAGACACUGACGUUUUGUGUCACCAACCAUUCAAUUCUAUUUCCCCCAAUAUUUUGUGUUAUUUGUAAUUUUGGGGGGUUUUAUCUGUAGCAUCUGUCGUUUUUUUUUUCUUUUUUUUUUAAUCUCAACACUUUUUUUUUAUCAAGCAUUUCAUUAGUUUACAUUCAAAAGUUUAAAUCUGUACUUUUACUCAAUGCUUUCUUUAAAUUCAGUUCUUUUAACUUACUUUAAAAUGUUAUUUUACUUCCUUUAGUGUUUAUUUGUAUUGUUUCUUUUAAUAUUUUGUUCAAAUCAAUUUGUAUGUCUGAGCACUGCCAUGUGAAAACUUUUUUUUAAUUUAAACUACAUUUCCCAUGAGCACCAGCGCCCAGGGGGACUUCCGCUAACAGGCUGUGAAGUGCGCACGAGCAUUUAAACAUCCACAUUUGACUUUUACUCAUUAAGAAAAACCUCUCCUGUUGGAGGAGUGGCCUAGAGAUUUAGCAGUGACAGAAAACUAUUUUAGUUUCAGAAUUUACAUUUUGUUUAAACUUUUGUGAUCAUCUGGACCCGUUUUGAUUAAUUUUAAAGUUCUGCAGCUGCAUAAAAAUACAUCUUUAAUCUUUAUUUUUUAAUUUUUUAAAUAAAAGUAAAGCUUUAGAGUGGGCUGUAUAUUAAUUAAUGUAAUUUCUUUUAGCUGUUAUGCAAUGUCUUUGUCCCUCCCUUUGUGGUCUUGCGUCAUUACGCGCGCCUUUACGGUAGUGGUACUGAUGCGGGAUGAGUCAGGCUAUAUGAUGCUGCUGCCAGUGCUGCCAUUGCAUCAAGGGCCGAAAACCUGCUCAAACUUGGCGGAAUAAGAAGUGAUAUCAAGGGAUUCUCCCUCUCUGACCCGCUUUCACAGAUCACCGUGAGCCACGUCCGUUUUUUUGCUCUCCUCGCGCGCUCCGGCAGCGUCUCCACGCGCGCGGCCCAGCAUCAGGAGAGGAAGAAGCCUUUGACUUUAGGGCCUGCUAACGCUCCACCAGCCGAGCUUCUAUAUCCACUUCUUGGACGCUGCUGUGUUUUGUUCCUGUGUCGCUGGGUGACGAGCAUCGGUCCCGGUUUACGCGCAGGUGCUAUGGAGCCUCCAGUCCGCUCCUGAACUGCGCAAAGAGAGCAACAGCACCGACCUCCUGAUACAACAGAAAGACUGACAGCCCAGCGGAGCGACGCACGGACCGAGUCGCGUCAUGGAGGCCAUUUGGCUCUACCAGUUCCGGCUGAUCGUCAUCGGGGACUCUACGGUGGGCAAGUCGUGUCUUAUCCGGCGGUUCACGGAGGGCCGCUUCGCUCAGGUGUCCGACCCCACCGUCGGCGUGGACUUCUUCUCCCGACUGGUGGAGAUCGAACCGGGCAAGCGGAUCAAGCUGCAGAUCUGGGACACGGCGGGUCAGGAGCGCUUCAGGUCCAUCACCAGAGCCUAUUACCGUAACUCUGUAGGCGGGCUCCUUCUCUUUGACAUAACCAACCGCCGCUCCUUCCAAAACGUUCACGACUGGCUGGAGGAGGCCCGCAGUCACGUGCAGCCACACAGCAUCGUCUUCAUGUUGGUGGGCCACAAGUGUGACCUGGAGGCACAGCGCCAGGUGACCCGGCAAGAAGCAGAGAAGCUUGCGGGGGCGUACGGGAUGCGCUACAUUGAGACCUCCGCCCGCGACGCCAUCAACGUGGAACACGCCUUCACUGAACUGACCAGAGACAUCUUUGCCUUGGUGCGGUCUGGUGACAUCACAAUCCAGGAGGGCUGGGAGGGCGUGAAGAGCGGCUUCGUGCCCAACGUGGUCCACUCUUCGGAGGAGGUGACCAAAAGCGACCGGCGCUGUUUAUGCUGAUCUGGGAGGAGUUUCGUGAACGGAGGUGGAAGUCCGUGCGGGAAAGAAAGAAGACGGAGGGGGGGAAUGCUGAUGGACCGAGGCCUCCUGACUGACACUAUGGUUCGUCCUUUAAACUGGAGAUGGGAAUCUUAGUCCGAAUGCUUACCCCAGAACACCGUCAGCGGGGAGGAAUCACUCAAAGGACUGAUCCAAAUUCUGUUUUCUAAAAAAAGGGAUUGCAGAUGCACUCUUUGGGGGACUCCCAUGAUUCCGUUCUGUUGGUUGUGCUCCCUGCAAGUCUUUCAAAGGCCUUAGAAAGAGGAUCUAUUCUGGUUCUGUUUCACAUGAUAGCUCUUGUUUGUCUGUCUUGUUUGCUCUUAUAACCUGCCCUCAUUUAAUGCCUCUCAAUAUGCAAUUACAUCACCAUAUAGUUAGACUUUUUUUCCACGUAAAGCCCUCAUACUCAGCAAGCUUGAACUCAUAAAUACUGCUGUAAACGUAGGAGUCCUAAAUAUAACAAGGGAAGAACUCACUCCUACGAGAACUUUUGUGUUUGUUUUUCACUUUGAAGCUGUUUCAACCUCCAGUGGUUUGAGAUAGCAGACCAUCACACAGCGCCUGCACAAGUCCUGAUAAGCUUUUACGGGAGGAGGAGAUGGUACCAAGGCGGACCUGUGUGGACUUAAUGCAUAUGUUGGAGAUGGAAAGCACCUUAACAGUAAAGCUGAUCUGAGAUACGGAGUCCCAUUGGGGACAUCUGGGGAGUGUAAAUAAGCAAACUGUAGGAAGGUGGUGGUGGCGGAUCAAAAAUGCAGUUGACCAGGCAAUGUGGCAGAAAAGUAAAACAUUUAAUGAAUAAACUCAAACAAAAAAUCACUGGAGCAAAAAAAUGGUGGCAGAAGGACCAAAGAAUGAUUAACUUAAAACCAGACACUUAAUUACAAUGAAGUUGAUUAACUAAAUGAAGAUAGCUGUGAAUGAUCAACCUGAACAUGGUGAGACUGACAGGGGAAACAACACGACAAAUGCACCACAAAAACCCAAGUACAGAAUCUUGACAGUACCCCUCCCCAAAAGGGGCAGAUCCCAGAUGCCCAAAACACCCAAGAGGAGGGGACCCUGACGAGCAAAACAAAAACAAGUCCAGAAAACAGAGCUUGAGGGUUAUUAGAAGCCCUCACCAAGAACAUGCAAGAGAGGAGUAGUUCCUGCAACCCUCCUCCAGAACAAGAAAUACAGCCAAGGGGAAAGAGUGGCGACAAUGCUCAGGGACAGGGAACAUGAAGGACCAGCCCCGGCGACCCUCCAAAGCAACAUGAUGCUUGAAGGAAGACCCUGACAAACCUCCUCAGGAACUGAUGUGGAGGACGUGGCUUGAAAUGAUUUGAUAGGGCAUUGUGUGGACUUCAGAAAAAUUCUCCUGCUGGGUCCCAGGUGGUUAGGUCAUCUGCUCUGUUCUGUUCCCCGCUUUGGUUCUCCGUGGUAUUUGUCAUGUUUUGGUUGAUUUAUUAAAUGUUUUAAGUUUCUGCCACCAAGUUUGGUCUCUUGCAUUUUGGUCCUCCAACAACCCUUCCUGACGCCUUCGUUAGUAGGAUUUAUUUUCUUGAAGGCAUAAAAGAAGGUAUACAAAAAGCUAAUUGGACAUUUGAGGAGUGGGAGAGCCAUGCUAUUUACCAUACACUUUGGAGAUAAAUAAAUGUAGCUUAAGGUCCCACUCCAAAAUGGUUCUCAGUGGUCUUUUAAUUAUGAUUAUGCUGUUUUAAGCCAAAAUCCAAAAAUCUGUCAUUUUUUAGGACAUAGUUUCUGCAGAGAAUUUGCCUCUAAGUGGGCGAGACUGUUGGUGGGGAGUAAGCCUGCACUCAUUUCCUAUCAUUCCUUUGUUAACAUACUUUCUCACUAGCUUACAGCCCUUCACAACCAUGGAAAUAUCCAGGCAUAAAGUUCUGAUUCAGAUGUCAGGCUCAGAUGAGGAAGAUGAAGACGUGAAUUGCAUCUAUUUGUCUACAAGUGGAUACAUCAGAACUCAAAGGAGCUAGGAGCUUGUAGCCUUCUGAUUGUAGUUCGUACAAAACUAUAAGCUUUUUCCAACUGAUUUUUUUUGUCUGCUCCAGAUUCACUACGAUUUGAAUAAAGAAAUACCAAGAA